CCAUUUAUCUUCACUCUCUAUCUCUCUCUCUCUCUCCUUUCACUCAUUCAUUCUCUUAGUUGUGACCAUGUAUGCACACUCCAGCACCACCUCAUCACCCCUCCCUUCCCCUUCCUCUCUCUUCCCUGACAUCACCGAGUUCGAUGUCCUCUCCCAACUCAACAACUUGGACAGUACUAGUUGUUACUACAACAGCGCUAGCAACAAUAAUAGUAACUGUAGCAGUUACGGUGGGUCACCCUCUCCCACUUCCAACUUGAUGCAGAGGAGUGUUAGCGCCCAUUCCUUCAACUACAACAAUGGGACCCACCACCCUCUUUCUCCUCUCUUCGCUGAAUUGCUCCACGACACUCCCGUUAGGAGAGUUUGCAGCACCGGUGAUCUUCAGAGGAUUAAUGGAGUGCUACAUAAUCAUCACACGGAUAGUCCAUUAUCAAGUGAAAGUAGUAUGAUCAUAGAAGGAAUGAGCAGAGCCUGUCGAUAUAGCCCCGAGGAGAAGAAAGUGAGAAUUGAAAGAUACAGAAGCAAGAGGAACCAGCGGAACUUCAAUAAGAAAAUUAAGUAUGCUUGCAGGAAGACAUUAGCAGAUAGCAGGCCACGCAUUAGAGGAAGGUUUGCAAGGAAUGAUGAAAUUGACAAGAACAGUACAAUUCAGUGGAGCCAAAUUGGUGGUGGAGAGGAAGAGGAUGAAGAAGAAGAGAAUUGGGUGAAUAUCUUAGAUUCCUUAGUUGCUGCAAAUUUUGCUCAAGAGUCUCAAGGCAAUUCUUCCUAUGGUCUAUUCUAUUAGAAUGAUUAAAUAAUAAUUUCAUGUUUGAUAACCUAGUUGUUUUUGGGUUUGUUUUUCAUUUUCAAAAUAUUGUGAUGCACCUUUUUAUUCAGUUUAGACCAAAGUAGUAAUGUAAAUAUAGUUAUUUGGGUCCUCUGUGCAAUUAUUAGACUUUCAAUCUAGGGUGAUGUUUUUGAGUGCCCUGUAACUUUUUAUAGGAUUCAGCAGCUAGCAAUGUAUUAUUGUACUUCUUGUUAAAGUCUAGAGGAUGUGUUCAUAGUUUUAUUAUUAUAUCAUAUUCAUAUCCUUUUGUUGAA